AAAUAGAGAGAGCGUUUUUGUUAAGCGCGUUAAGAGGGCAUGGAGACGAAGAUGGAACCGUUGACACCGCCGCACACACCGCCCAUGAUGGACAGGACGAUGCAUCAACAGUUGCACACGUCGAGGUGGUUAAGAUCGAGCCAACAACACUUCGGGAGAUUUGGCCAGCAACAUUCGAACGGCGGGCAAAACGUUGGUUAUCAGACAGCGUUCCUCAACAAUUGGCUGAGGGAUGCCGCGUUGCUGGCUGUCAGGGGUUGUUGCCCCCAAUCAACGUCCACGCAUCAUUAUCACCAUCAUCAUCACGGUCACCAUCAUCAUCAAGGUGUCCAUCCAGCGCUCCCUGUCCCACCUCCCGCCUCGUUUCUAACCAGAAGGCUGCCCGGCCAGAGACCGAAGAAACAGUUCAUAUGCAAAUUUUGCAACAGACAAUUCACCAAGAGCUACAAUCUAUUGAUACACGAGAGGACUCACACGGAUGAGAGACCUUACUCUUGUGACAUUUGCGGGAAAGCGUUUCGAAGACAAGAUCAUCUGAGGGAUCAUCGUUACAUUCACAGCAAGGAGAAGCCUUUCAAGUGCAGCGAAUGCGGGAAAGGAUUUUGUCAAAGCAGGACACUUGCCGUUCACAAGAUACUUCACAUGGAGGAAUCCCCUCACAAAUGUCCCGUCUGCUCAAGAAGCUUCAACCAAAGGAGCAACCUGAAGACUCAUCUUCUCACUCACACGGACGUGCCCCAAGAUUUGAGAAUCGAGGGAUCGGUGGCAUCGGAUCUGUCGGCCACCACGGCGGUCAGACAGAUGGCGGAUAGGGUGAGUGGACUGAUCCCGAUUCAAAGGACCAGUACCACCCCUAAGCUAGGAUUUAGCAUAGAGGAAAUUAUGAGACGUUAAAAAUUAUAUACCAUCCCUCGCAAGCUAAUUUAACGAUACUUUGAUGAACAACGCUUUCGCGCUUUCCCGCGAAAUCUUCGUGCUUCGUUUCUUAAAAUCAAGUUC